AUGUUUCUGUUUCCUGUUACUGCAGAGACGAGUCUUCAGGAGCAACUACUUCCUGUUUGUGUCCUGGACCUGCAACACACACAACUACUGGCCUCCAGGGGGGCGGAGCUCUUCCAGGCGUCCACAGUGAAAGCUGUCAGGGCCAGACUCGAGGAUGAGAAGACGUCCAUGGAUCUGCUGAAGAGACAGAUGGAGAGGAUUAAAUCUCGACAGCAGAAGUUCCGCAGAGGAAAAGAGAAGAUGUUGAGUUUGACCCAAGAAGGCUUCCGUACUGAUGGUCAAGAGAAUAAGAAGAAGGGACAGAGACAGAAGGAGUGGUGGAGGCCCUGGGUAAACCACGCCUCAAUGGUAAGGAGUGGGGAUUAUUACCUGUUUGAGACUGACAGUGAGGAGGAGGAGGAGGAGGAGGAGAAAAAAGGGGAGGAGCCACCUGAGAAAUCAGCCUUCCAGUUUGUCUAUCACGCCUGGAUUACAGACUCCAGAACAGCUAUGAGAGCGCGCAUAAACCAAAAAAAACUGAGGAAGAAGACUUCCUGUGAACCAAGGAGCAGGAAGGAGGAGCCCCGAGGAGCUGCUGGACUCAUAGAGGUCACAGAGGAGAACGAGGAGGAGGAGCAAGAGGAGGAAGAGGAGGAACCAGACACCGUGCUGCGUCGGUUCUCCAACACGCUGAGGUUCUGUUGGGUUCUGCUGUCGGCUCUCCUGGACUCUCUGACCACCUGGCUCAGCGGUCUGUGUCAGGAACACAUUGACAUCUCAGCUGUUCUCCGCAUAGAGCGCUGCAUGCUAAUGCAGCAGGCUAAGCAGGGUCUCGUUCCCAGCAGAGACGCCAUCCACCUCUACUACCAAGAACAGAUGAUACACACCUCCACAGAGUCUGGUCUGGACUCCAUUACCCAUGAGGCUGCAGGGGAAAACUCAGCAGGAAGAGAGGCAGAGGAAGGGGAGGGAGGAGUGAGUCCUGAUACAGACAAAGAAAUGAAACCAGGAGAGAAUCCUGAAUCUGAAUCAGCAUCAGGAGGAGGUCCAAAACCAGAACUAGAGUCAGGAAUAGACGGUCCAGGUGAAACUACACCUGAAACCAAACCUGAACCUGAAUCGGAAUCAGGACCAGGACCAGGACCAGAACCAGAACCAGAACCAGAACCAGCACCAGAAACAAGAGCGGAUGACCCAGAAAACGAAACAGCAGAGGACCCAUUGUCAGGAGUUAGAGUAGAGAGGUCAGAGAGUUUAGAGGGCAACCCACCUGUUCAAGGUGAAGGUUACCCAGAAUGCCUUGUGACUAACCGAUGGCGACCCAAACUGUGCAGGAUGGAUAGAGUCAAAUGUUCAUGGUCCUCUUCAGAAGGAGAGACGAUGAGUCGGACCCACAGCACUGAAGAUUCAGGUCAGCCACUUCCUGUUGACUCUCAGCGGACUCGAACCUUCAUCGGUAACUCCCCCCUCUCCUCUCCAACCUCCCUCCCCUUUCUCCCCCUCCCCCCAUCUUACAGUCUCAGUCUGGAACUGCAGGAGGAGGAGCAUGGGAGGAGGAGUGGGGAGAGGUGUGACUUCCUGUCUGACUCUCACACUCAGGAACUGACAGCCAGUGAGCUGCUGAGGAACAGGACAUUCUACGCUGACCAUCUGGAGGUGUCAGACCGUUUCUAUGGAAACCAACACCAGCUGCUCCAGCUGGCCUACGCCCUCUACAACAUCUUGGCUGCCAGGUCAGAAACGGUGUGUUACCUCGUCAUCGUGCUGAACCACAUGGUGUCCGCCAGCUGCCUGACACUUGUACUUCCUGUGCUUGUGUUCCUCUGGGCCACGCUGUCCGUCCCUCGGCCCAGUAAGACCUUCUGGAUGACUGCUAUCAUCUACACCGAGGUCACCAUCGUCAUCAAGUACUUCUUCCAGUUCGGUUUCUUUCCCUUCAACCAGAAACUGGAGCUGGACCGCUCCAAACCCUUCCACCCACCCAACAUCCUGGGCGUGGAGAAGAAGGAGGGCUACGUCCUGUACGACCUGCUGCAGCUGCUCACCCUCUUCUAUCACCGUGCCAUCCUCAAGUGCCACGGCCUUUGGGACCAGACUGUUUCUACAGAGCCAGACUAUCUCCAUCACCAUGACAACCAAGCCACCUCAGGCCACAGUGCAACCUCUUUUGACCCCACCCACACUUUGCGACAGCGAGGCAGACAACAGACGCUAUCUAGCUCCGCCCAGCUGCGCUCUUCUGCAG